AUAAGCAAGCCAUGCUUUCAGAUUUUAUUUAGAGUUUACUAUAAUUUUUUACUUAGCCAGUCGAAUCAGCACGUGAAUCAGGUCUCGUCUUGAAUUUGUAAAAAAAAUCUUUUUAUUUUAAUUGUGUGGAAAGUGUACAUUGAAUAAAAAAAUAAACAACCCAAUUGAACAUCAAUUUUGGAUAUAUAAGUGGAAUAAUUCAAGAUGCAGAUCUUUGUGAAGACAUUGACUGGCAAGACCAUUACCCUGGAGGUUGAGCCUUCAGAUACUAUUGAGAAUGUGAAGGCUAAGAUCCAAGACAAGGAAGGAAUCCCCCCAGAUCAGCAGCGUCUCAUCUUCGCUGGCAAGCAACUGGAGGAUGGUCGCACCCUUUCUGAUUAUAACAUUCAGAAGGAAUCGACCCUUCACUUGGUCCUCCGUCUCCGUGGUGGUAUGCAGAUCUUCGUGAAGACCCUGACUGGAAAGACAAUCACCCUUGAGGUUGAGCCGAGCGACACCAUUGAGAAUGUGAAGGCCAAGAUCCAAGAUAAGGAAGGAAUCCCCCCAGAUCAGCAGCGUCUCAUCUUCGCUGGCAAGCAACUGGAAGAUGGUCGAACAUUGUCAGACUAUAAUAUCCAGAAGGAAUCGACCCUUCACUUGGUCCUGCGGCUCCGUGGUGGUAUGCAGAUCUUCGUGAAGACCCUCACUGGAAAAACCAUCACCUUGGAGGUUGAGCCAAGCGAUACCAUUGAGAAUGUGAAGGCCAAGAUCCAAGACAAGGAAGGAAUCCCCCCAGAUCAGCAGCGUCUCAUCUUCGCCGGCAAGCAGCUGGAGGAUGGUCGCACUUUGUCCGACUAUAAUAUCCAGAAGGAGUCAACCCUUCACUUGGUCCUCCGUCUCCGUGGUGGUAUGCAAAUCUUCGUGAAGACCCUGACUGGAAAGACAAUCACCCUUGAGGUUGAGCCAAGCGACACCAUUGAGAAUGUGAAGGCCAAGAUCCAAGAUAAGGAAGGAAUCCCCCCAGAUCAGCAGCGUCUCAUCUUCGCCGGCAAGCAGCUGGAAGAUGGUCGCACCCUUUCUGAUUAUAACAUUCAGAAGGAAUCGACCCUUCACUUGGUCCUCCGACUCCGUGGUGGUAUGCAGAUCUUCGUGAAGACCCUCACUGGAAAAACAAUCACCCUGGAGGUUGAGCCAAGCGAUACCAUUGAGAAUGUGAAGGCUAAGAUCCAAGACAAGGAAGGAAUCCCCCCAGAUCAGCAGCGUCUCAUCUUCGCUGGCAAGCAGCUGGAGGAUGGUCGCACUUUGUCCGACUAUAAUAUCCAGAAGGAGUCAACCCUCCACUUGGUCCUCCGUCUCCGUGGUGGUAUGCAAAUCUUCGUGAAGACCCUGACUGGAAAGACAAUCACCCUUGAGGUUGAGCCAAGCGACACCAUUGAGAAUGUGAAGGCCAAGAUCCAAGAUAAGGAAGGAAUCCCCCCAGAUCAGCAGCGUCUCAUCUUCGCCGGCAAGCAGCUGGAAGAUGGUCGCACCCUUUCUGAUUAUAACAUUCAGAAGGAAUCGACCCUUCACUUGGUCCUCCGACUCCGUGGUGGUAUGCAGAUCUUCGUGAAGACCCUCACUGGAAAAACCAUCACCCUGGAGGUUGAGCCAAGCGAUACCAUUGAGAAUGUGAAGGCUAAGAUCCAAGACAAGGAAGGAAUCCCCCCAGAUCAGCAGCGUCUCAUCUUCGCUGGCAAGCAGCUGGAAGAUGGUCGCACCCUUUCUGAUUAUAACAUUCAGAAGGAAUCGACCCUUCACUUGGUCCUCCGACUCCGUGGUGGUAUGCAAAUCUUCGUGAAGACCCUGACUGGAAAGACAAUCACCCUUGAGGUUGAGCCGAGCGACACCAUUGAGAAUGUGAAGGCCAAGAUCCAAGACAAGGAAGGAAUCCCCCCAGAUCAGCAGCGUCUUAUCUUCGCCGGCAAGCAGCUGGAGGAUGGUCGCACUUUGUCCGACUAUAAUAUCCAGAAGGAGUCAACCCUCCACUUGGUCCUCCGUCUCCGUGGUGGUAUGCAAAUCUUCGUGAAGACCCUGACUGGAAAGACAAUCACCCUUGAGGUUGAGCCGAGCGACACCAUUGAGAAUGUGAAGGCCAAGAUCCAAGAUAAGGAAGGAAUCCCCCCAGAUCAGCAGCGUCUCAUCUUCGCCGGCAAGCAGCUGGAAGAUGGUCGCACCCUUUCUGAUUAUAACAUUCAGAAGGAAUCGACCCUUCACUUGGUCCUCCGACUCCGUGGUGGUAUGCAAAUCUUCGUGAAGACCCUGACUGGAAAGACAAUCACCCUUGAGGUUGAGCCGAGCGACACCAUUGAGAAUGUGAAGGCCAAGAUCCAAGACAAGGAAGGAAUCCCCCCAGAUCAGCAGCGUCUUAUCUUCGCUGGAAAGCAACUGGAGGAUGGUCGAACAUUGUCCGACUAUAAUAUCCAGAAGGAAUCGACCCUCCACUUGGUCCUCCGACUCCGUGGUGGUAUGCAAAUCUUCGUGAAGACCCUGACCGGAAAGACCAUCACCCUGGAAGUGGAACCUUCUGAUACCAUUGAGAAUGUGAAGGCUAAAAUCCAAGACAAGGAAGGAAUCCCCCCAGAUCAGCAGCGACUCAUCUUCGCUGGCAAGCAACUGGAGGAUGGUCGCACCCUUUCUGAUUAUAACAUUCAGAAGGAAUCGACCCUUCACUUGGUCCUCCGACUCCGAGGCGGUAUGCAAAUCUUCGUGAAGACCCUUACUGGAAAAACCAUCACCCUGGAGGUUGAGCCAAGCGACACCAUUGAGAAUGUGAAGGCUAAAAUCCAAGACAAGGAAGGAAUCCCCCCAGAUCAGCAGCGUCUUAUCUUCGCCGGCAAGCAGUUGGAGGAUGGUCGUACAUUGUCCGACUAUAAUAUCCAGAAGGAGUCGACCCUCCACUUGGUCCUUCGUCUCCGUGGUGGUAUGCAAAUCUUCGUGAAGACCCUUACUGGAAAAACCAUCACCCUGGAGGUUGAGCCAAGCGACACCAUUGAGAAUGUGAAGGCUAAAAUCCAAGACAAGGAAGGAAUCCCCCCAGAUCAGCAGCGUCUUAUCUUCGCCGGCAAGCAACUGGAGGAUGGUCGUACUUUGUCCGACUAUAAUAUCCAGAAGGAAUCUACUCUUCACUUGGUCUUGCGUCUCCGCGGAGGUUGCCAAGCUUAAUUUAAGAACCACCCGAAAAUAAAAAUGCAAGAUUCAAAAGAAAUUUAUACAUGGCUUUUGCACACUUAAUUACUGUCUACAAGAAUUGAACCAUUCCUUUAUUCUGCAAUAUUACACUUAAUCGCAAGAUAAAUUCUAAAUUACAAGUUCAAGCAUUAGCUGAAAAAAAUAAAUUGACUGCUGUUUCUUCUGGCUUAAAAUCUGUUUAAAAUA